AUGUCAGAAAAUCUCAUCAUCUCCAAAGUUUCUCACUGGCUGAGAGAGAUCGGCUCUUCCAUUCUCGACUUGGACAAGUAUUCUAUGGCAGAAAGCAUCAUUCUCCAGGCUCUGAUGAUCAAUAGAUCCAACCUUCAUUCUGCAGGUAAACUCAUCAUAGUUAGAUGGACAAAGCCCCCAAAAGAUAGGUUGAAAUUAAAUAUCGAUGGUUCAUCGAGAGGCAACCCAGGAGAGAGUGGAGGAGGGAGUGUAUGCAAGGAUCACCUAUGCAGGAUCAUCAUCGCUUACCAUAGAUACUAUGGGUCAGCUUCAAACACGGUUGUAGAAGCUCAGGCCAUGUUAGAUGGGCUGAACAUUUGCUCCAAUCUGGGCCUCGCCAAUAUCAUUGUGGAAACUGAUUCCAAGCUCAUUGCGAAUGCGACGGAGGAUUCGUUAGCCCCCAAUCCUUGGAAUAUCUGGCAUUCGCAUGUUUUUUCUUCUGCCCAUUCGGAAUCUGAUCUGCUGAAGGCAUCUGAAGUACUGAAAAGAGUUGUCUGUGCUCUCAGAUUAGAGUGA